GUUCCAGGACAUAUUGGUGAAAUUGUCUGCCCAGAGAAGUCAGGAUGGAAUCAUGACAGCAUCUGCAACUUGGUGUCUGGAAGAUGGCAGGACAUAAAGCGACACAAAAUGGUUAAUGAGCAGGAACCAAAAAGCAAGAGCAGAGCGAAUGAAAUUAGGGAUCAUAAGGUGGAAGGAAGCUCCUGCUCAGAUAAAGAAUUUGAUGAGCCAACUGGGAACUAAGCAGGAUUCAAGCAAGCUACAGGAAAAUCUGCAGCAGUUACAACAUUCAACAAAUCAGCUUGCAAAGGAAACGAAUGAAUUGCUGAAGGAACUAGGGUCCCUACCCCUCCCCUUAUCUACUUCAGAACAGCGCCAGCAGAAACUUCAGAAGGAACGCCUCAUGAAUGACUUCUCUGCAGCUUUAAACAGUUUCCAGGCUGUGCAGAGACGGGUAUCUGAAAAGGAAAAGGAGAGCAUUGCCAGAGCAAGAGCUGGGUCUCGUCUUUCUGCAGAGGAGAGGCAAAGAGAAGAGCAGCUCGUCUCGUUUGACAGCCAUGAAGAGUGGAACCAGAUGCAGAGUCAGGAGGAUGAGGUGGCCAUCACCGAACAGGAUCUGGAACUUAUUAAAGAGAGAGAAACGGCAAUUCGACAACUGGAGGCUGACAUUUUGGAUGUCAACCAGAUAUUUAAAGAUUUGGCCAUGAUGAUCCAUGACCAAGGUGAUCUGAUUGAUAGCAUAGAAGCCAAUGUGGAGAGUUCAGAGGUGCAUGUAGAAAGAGCCACUGAUCAGUUACAACGGGCUGCUUACUACCAGAAAAAAUCUCGCAAGAAGAUCUGUAUCCUGGUGCUUGUCCUGUCAAUUAUUGUUGCAGUCCUGAUACUUGUUUUCUGUUUAGUUUAUAAAAACUAAUUGCUUCAGAGCCUUCUCAUGCUGAGCUGUUUUCCAGAGCAAGUACUUAUUGGACUCUUGCCAGAACAAACUGAUCAUAAGAAGAGAGCAUACACCAGAAUGUCCUGUAAUAAUUUAGUUUAAAACUAAGUACUAACUUGUCCUUGGAAUUAGUGACCUAUGGAGACAGUAUUUAUCAAUUUAUGUGUACUCUUUAUUGAUUUUCUUAAAUUAGGAAUUAAUUUAUGUGUAUUUUUCUUUCUCUGGUAUUUUCAUUGCCCUUCAUCCCAAGUGUUCACUGAAAUUUCCACGCUAGAGAUUCUUGUUUUUACUAGGUGACACUCCAGUCUUGUAAUAUUGUCUUUUCAUGUGUAUAUAGAUUUGCCUUUUUACUAGCAACUGAGCUAGAGUUACUUCCUGGCAUCCAGCCUAUUGGAAUCUGCCAGAAACUGUAGAAUAAGCCAGCAAUUUUUAUUAUUUAACAUUUUCAUUUGAAUUUCUAGAAAGCCUAUUCACUAUCUGCUUUGAAAGUUCGCAGUGCACUCGCUGGAAAGUAAGAAAUUGCACAUGUGAUCCAGAUUAAAUGAGAAGUAUCUAUUUGAGGUGGCUAGUUGUUGCAGGUGGAUGUUAAUCUGGUGUAAAGUUUACUUUAUUACCUGCUAGUGUCAGUCACAGCAGUUAAUCUCCAUAUACACUAAACUCUCUUAUUCACUUUUUGAAGAGCCUGAUUUAAUUAGCACUACUAGACUCUCUGGGGUCUCUCCCACCGAUGUGUAUAGUAAGGGAGACUUAGAGAAAGCAUGCUUUUGGAAAGCAAAUAGGAAUUGUUUGGAAUGAUAGAAUAUUUCUGUUGUUGUCCACUUGUGGUCCUACAUUCCUAAUGAAUGGUAAAUGUUGCUGUCAGAGACUGCCCCCCCUCCCGCCAUUAGAGUUGCUGGCACUUGAUGGCAGGAAGAUUUAAAAAGCGAGAUUGAAGUUAGUGUAAAUUUUAGUCCUGGGAACCUGGUGAUAAAGCAAAUAACAGGUUCAUUUUUGUAAAUAAUACUGGUUUUCAAUAGUGAGUGAUAAUUAGAUUUAAUCCUAAUUUAUGAGCAAGAAAUUUCUCCAUACAUAGUUUUAGACAAAAAAAUAAAUAAAAGAUUUCUGUCUUGUAAUAUAAAUGUUGUCCAUUUCCCUUUUUCACUGGUCUAGAACAAUGAAAGGGAAUGUAAAGUCUCUAGGCUCCCAGAUAAAUGUGAAUUAGGCCAACAACUUCAGUUCAACCAGAGUAAAUUAGAGGAUUUGACUAUCUUGGAUAUAUUUUUAUGUACUUCUAGUCCCUUUAAUGUUCCUUAAUUUUCUUGUACUAAUGUGAAUGAUAGGGAAACAAGGGCCUAAAUGUAUAAGUUUCUGGCACCAUUCUAUCACUUAAUUCAAAUAAACAUUUUAAAAAAGUGUGUGUAGUAA